CUCGCAGGCGGAAGUGAGACGCCGGAAGCGGUCGUUGCCAUGGAUCCUGGGGACGACUGGCUGGUGGAAUCCUUGCGCUUGUACCAGGAUUUCUAUGCAUUCGACCUGUCAGGAGCCACUCGAGUCCUUGAAUGGAUUGAUGACAAAGGAGUCUUUGUUGCUGGCUAUGAAAGCCUGAAAAAGAAUGAAAUUCUUCAUCUGAAAUUACCUCUCAGACUUUCUGUAAAGGAAAACAAGGGCUUAUUCCCAGAAAGAGAUUUCAAAGUGCGCCAUGGAGGAUUUUCAGACAGGUCUAUCUUUGAUCUAAAGCACGUGCCACAUACCAGAUUGCUGGUUACCAGUGGCCUUCCAGGUUGUUAUCUGCAGGUGUGGCAGGUUGCAGAGGACAGUGAUGUCAUUAAAGCUGCCAGCACCAUUGCUGUGCAUGAGAAAGAGGAGAGUCUCUGGCCUAGGGUGGCCGUCUUCUCCACAAUGGCACCCGGAGUCCUCCAUGGGGCGAGGCUCCGCAGUCUGCAGGUCGUUGAUCUGGAGUCCCGGAAGACCACGUACACCUCAGAUGUCAGUGACAGUGAGGAGCUGAGUAGCCUGCAGGUCCUAGAUGCAGACACCUUUGCCUUCUGCUGUGCUUCGGGCCGGCUGGGGCUUGUUGACACCCGCCAGAAGUGGGCACCGUUGGAGAAUCGCAGCCCUGGCCCUGGGUCUGGUGGAGAGAGAUGGUGUGCUGAAGUUGGGAGCUGGGGCCAGGGCCCUGGGCCCAGCAUUGCCAGCCUUGGCUCAGAUGGGCGUCUUUGUCUUCUUGACCCCCGGGAUCUCUGCCAUCCUGUGAGCUCAGUCCAGUGCCCAGUAUCCGUACCUAGCCCUGACCCAGAGCUGCUGCGAGUGACUUGGGCCCCAGGCCUGAAGAGUUGCUUGGCCAUCUCAGGUUUUGAUGGUACAGUCCAGGUCUAUGAUGCCACAUCUUGGGAUGGAACACGGAGCCAAGUAGAACCUCUCUUCACUCACAGAGGUCACAUCUUCCUAGAUGGAAAUGGGAUGGACCCUGCUCCUUUGGUCACCACCCACACCUGGCAUCCCUGCAGACCAAGGACGUUGUUAUCAGCAACAAAUGAUGCCUCUCUGCAUGUAUGGGACUGGGUGGACCUUCGUGCCCCCCACUGACACCAGCAUCUUUCCAUCCAGGCCUCUAGAAAGGGGAGGAGCUGCUGUAGUAGCAAGGGUGCUGAUGUAGGACUCAAGUGACUACCAGUCCCUGUUACCAGCUGUGUGGCCUUGGGCAAGUCUACCAGCGUCACUUAGCCUCAGUUUCCUUAUCUGUAAAAUGAGGAUAGUAAGAACUACCUCAUAGUGAUAUUGCGAAGGUUAGAAGAAACGCAUGGCAUAAUUACUUGGUAGCUAUUGUUAGAUCUGGGAGUGUAAAAUGGUAGCGUUUUGUCCCUGUCUUCACACUAUCAUAGAGAGAAUCAAAAGAGCUAACAAAUAUAAACAUGCUUUGUGAAUUUUUUUAAAGAAAAAAAUGUAGAGGGGCCAAUAAACAUGAAAAAAAUCCCA